CGUUAAAACCUCAUCGACUUCAAUUCCGAAGCUCCUCUAGACAAGUAAUAAUUAAAUAAUUACUCCCAUCUCCCCUCACCCGAAUCCCGGUUUCUCUUGUCAUUCAAUUUCGCAAUGGCCUCCCGCUUGGCUACCCGUGCCUUCGGAGCCGCCCGUCUACGGCCGUCGGUCCCUUCGCGAACUCUUCCCGCAGUUACCACCGCAUUCACUGCUACCCGACCGGCAUCCAACGUUCCUGAUCCUAAGGUCAAGGCACAGUCUAUCAUUGAUUCUCUACCUGGAAACUCUAUCGUUUCCAAGACUGCCAUCCUAUCCUCCGCCGCUGGUCUGUCUAUCUACGCCAUUAGCAAUGAGUACUACGUCGUGAACGAGGAAACCGUCGUCGCCUUCUGCUUGCUCAGCGUCUGGGCUGCUUUGAUCAAGUAUGGUGGUCCCAUGUACAAGCAAUGGGCCGAGGCUCAGAACGAGAGGAUCAAGAAUAUCCUGAACGCCGCGCGUGCCGACCACACCCAGGCCGUCAAGAACCGCAUCGAGAACGUUCAGCAGAUGCAAGGUGUUGUCGACAUCACCAAGGCUCUCUUCGAGGUCUCCAAGGAGACUGCUAAGCUCGAGGCCAAGGCAUAUGAGCUCGAGCAGACUACUGCUCUGGCGGCCGAGGCCAAGUCGGUUUUGGAUUCGUGGGUGCGAUACGAAAGCCAGGUUAAGCAGCGCCAGCAGAGGGAACUGGCCGAGACGGUUAUCGCCAAGGUGAAGAAGGAGCUCGAGAAUCCCAAGGCUCUUCAACAAAUCCUGCAACAAAGCGUUGCCGACGUAGAGAGAAUUGUGUCCUCUAAGACUCAAUAGACAAAGUCAGUUUAGACAGAUACUCCAUGGCGCGGGCGAAGUUCUCUUUUGUCCCUCCCUGUGUUUAUAAACACCUUGUGCAUUAGUCAAAAAGAAACUAUCCUUCCAAUACUAACUCUGCAACGUUUUGUGACACCUAAUAUGGCAGUCCUACAUACCUGUAUAGUAUGGGAGCUUAUAAAAUAUUUGAACAUAGACUACGAUAAUGGAAGAAUGAUCUGCUCUUUUGUGAUGAA